AUGAAUCUGCAAACCUCGACACACUCAUUUCUCAAAUCCCUCUCGUCCAGAAACUCCGCGAAACCCACAGCACCUACAGGGAAACACGUCCCCAUCUCGCAAUCCCCCCCACCCAUCAGACAACAUCACUUCGUUGGUGGAAGCUUAGCCGGUCCAGGCAAGCUUGCAUUCGCACCAUACAUGUGGCUAUCGACCGGCAAGUCCGAAGCACAGCCCGAGAAUGCCGACCGCGCCAGCAGUGUUGUAUCGGUCUUCCACAUCGGUCAGGAUCUCUGUGGUCACCCUGGCUUUGUCCAUGGUGGUCUGCUCAGUGUUCUCUUUGAUGAGGUGUUUGCUCGCUGUGUCUCUGCGGCUUUCCCCAGCGGGCUAGGUAUGACGGCUAAUCUCAAUGUGGAUUUCCGAAAGCCGGCCCUUCCUGAUCGGAUGUAUGUGCUGCGCACAAAGACGGUUAAGGUCGAGGGUAGGAAGGCUUGGGUUGAGGGUCGGAUGACUUAUCUUCCUUUGGCUUUGCCUUCUGCGGACUCACAUGGCAUUGUUGCUGAUUCUGGUCUGCUCCGGGAGGAUAGUGAAGGUGCGGUAAUGGUUGCUGAGGCUAAGGCUUUGUUUAUUGAGCCUAAAUUUGCGGACUCUAUGGUGAAGAUUUAUUCGAGCUAG